AUGUGUCCUAAGCAAUUGUGGGUAACGAGUUCACGGAAUCAAGGGGAAGCGCCCUUGGAAACAAUGGCUAUCCGGACACAAAGUGAGUCGGUAGAGACUGCGGCUCAGUCAUCAACGCCACAAGAGGAAGUACAACAACGAAAGAAAUAUAACAUGCCAGCGGGAUUUUGUCAAUAUGUGGCGGAGAUGCAGAGAAAUAAAAGCGCUUUAAACAAAUUAAAAGUGACGACCAUGGACAACGGGUAUCGAUACGAAAUGCAAGGCGACCAAAAGGGAAGCGAAGAAGAAACACUCCGACUUUUGCGUCAUAAUUACAAUCUGCUACCUGCCGAAAGAAAGUUUAAGCUGGAAUUGAAAUACCGCAGUCAAAAAAGUUCAUCAAAACGACUACGUAUGGAGGCGACAGAAGGCAGACUGGCUCCGGUUGAUGUAGAAGAGAUCGGAAAAUACGCGCACAGAAGCAAUCCAUCAGAGCUUGUAUUUGCAAGCCAUACUGAGCACAAAAUGUUUAUGACUAAACUGAAUCUGUACGAUGAAAGCUAUCCAUUCUGUGACUUUUUCGGCUCGGAGUUUAACGAAGGGAAGAAAUUUGACGGAUUGCCAAAAUUGACGCUUGUACAUUUGCUGGCAUAUCCACAUGCCGUGUUGUAUGCAUGUCACUUUUGUCUACAUGCUUUCACUACAUCAGACUUGCUGAAUGUUCACGAAUGCAAGGAAUUUCGAGACUGGAAAAACGCACAAGAGUCACUUCAACCGCCUGAGAUGGUGGAAGCUCGAGUAUUCGUGUGUUGUACCGAUUGCGGAAAGUACCUUCGUUGUCGAUCGAGUGAAAUCGAAAGUCUUCAAGAAUUUGUCGAAGGACAUUUGGUGAAUCGAGUCGUUACAAUUGUGGUUAACUUCGCUGGACACACGCCAAACAAGAAUCCAGAAGUUAUGUUCAAGACUGUGCCAUCGUUUGCAAGGCAAUUCAGUAGUUCCUGUUCGCAAUGUGGGACCGAGCCAUUCACUUCUCCAGAAGAAGCUGUAGCUCAUUUUUCGGAUAUCAACAGACAUCCUGACACUCAGCAAAAAAAAUGUCAUAAAUGCAAAAGGCCAUUACCAUUUGGCAUCAAUAAAAGUGAGCAUCUCUUGAAAUGUUACCAAAUUUGCGAUGAGCGCACGAAAAACUCGAUUUUGUUGGCAGAUUGGCUUUCAACAACCGCGCCGCUUUUGUGGGAUGGAGCCGUGCAAUGCGAAAUGGACGGAUCUCGGGAGAGGAGGGAACAAGAGGAACUAUUUAGAUUUCAAACUCAGCUGGGGAUACCCGAAGAGACUCCUAGACACGGUGUAUGGGCGCAAAACUGCGAGCGGUCGGUUGACCUGAGCGUUUACGGAAUUGGUGGCAAUGUGGCCGAUAAAGAUUUCAAAACUAUCCGGCUCGUCUGUGGAGAGGAGCGCGCAGCAACGAUGCUUAAAGAGCAUAUCGCACGAUUUCAGGAGGACGUCAUUUUAAAUAGCAGCUUCCACAAUAAAGUGCCUGCUGAGGAGUGGCUCGGAAAAUUGUAUCUAUGUUUGGGUUGCUACUACUUUGUGCACGGAGAAAUUGCUUUGGCAAAUCAUCUGACAACUUGCCAACCCAAUGAAGAUCCGCGUGAUUCCGUAAAAGUUUUCACAGUACAUAUGCUUGAAAUCCAAAACAUGACGAGACAGGCGUAUCAUUGCUUUCAAUGCAGCUUCUACGGAUGCUCUUUGCUUCCACUUCGAGUUCAUCUUGCCACGAGGCAUCAAAUCGGAACGAAUGUUUUGCUUGAAAAAGGAGAAAGCUCAAAGUUUCGACCGACGGUUGGCAUGCAAUUCGAUCAGACGCUUGGACUCGUUAAUGGAAAAUUGCCUUGUCAAUCACCGUAUGAAACCUCUAAUCCUACUAUGGCUUUCCAACUCGAGACGCUUGUACUCUCUGAAUCGUUAGAUGAAACAAUGGGGAAUUUAAAGGAAAAGAUAAACUCCACAUCAGCAGCGAGAUCCGAAGAACCCAUGCAAACAACGCCUAUGGAUACAUCUAUGAUCGAAGAGAUAAAUGUAACAACCGAAAUCCAGGAGAACUUGCCGGAAGAAUUGGAACCACAAGAAGUCAUUCCAGCAACACGGUCAAAUCCAGAUAAUGAGCAAACAAGAAUUGCUGCAAACAACGAAGAAACGCUGACGGAGUCAAAUUUGGAUAUUGUUAUAGCCAAACCGAAGAAUGUUACAACUGAUGAUAUCCAGAGCACAUCGUUACGCACUGAAUCUGACGGAACUUUAGCCAAAAAUCAAACGGAAUCGCGACAAAUAGAGGACGAAUUGAUUAUAGAUCCUACCGAGGAAGUACAAAGUGUUCUGAAACGAAGAAUGUCAAUUGCUGUCAAUUUGACGUCGAUAUUGCAAGAACCGAUUCGAGAAGAAACAAAUUAUGUGGGGGCCAAAGAUAAAUCUUCAAGUGCUAAGGAUGCGGAUGAUGACGAUAUAAUCCUUGUGGAUGUUCCUCAAUUAAAAGAAACCAUUUCAAAGCAAAUACAAGUAGUGCGCGCACCGAGCGACGACGCUGAUUGUAUGAUUGAAGAAGUCGACACGAACGCUGUUGGACGCCCCGUAAAUAAAAGUUCUUCACUGCAAACGGACAUGAUGAUCAUAUUGCAGUUAAACAUCGAUUGGAUGGCGGUAGCACCACCACAGUUAGCGUUGAAUAUGGCAUGCCGC